GCUCCACCGCCGGACAGGAGACACACAGACAGACAGUCAGACAGACAGACAGUGUCCCGGGCUUCUCUCUAUAUCGCCGCGCAUAAUUUGCCCGAGGUGUGAGCCGUGAGAGUGGCGAACUAAACGUUUCUCCCUCGGUGUUCGCCUUGUUUACAAUGUGAAUACAAUGGCCGGGACAAGCUCUGAUUGGGUGGAGAUCCUGGAACCACGCUCCUGUGAGCGCAUGUAUGUGAACCUGACCACUGGGGAGUGUGGCUGGGACCCCCCUGCGGGCGUUCCCGUCCGUCAGGCAGACGGUAACCAGUGGUGGGAGCUGUUUGACUCCCAAAGUGGACGCUUCUACUACUACAAUUCCACUGGCCGCCGCACAGUCUGGCAUCGACCACAGGGAGCAGAUAUUGUGCCCCUCUCCCAACUUCAGGCCAUGAAGCGAUGCAGUGAAGCCAAGCGGACUGGGGGGAGCAUGGAUAGGCACCACCACAGGACAACGGGGAGUAUCAGCAGUGUCGGCAGCCAGGGUGGCUGCACCCCUCUGCCUGAGCCGGAGGGAGACGGCCCCUUCCUGAAAACCUUGGAGACCAAUGAGGAGAAGGGCAGCGCUGAGGUAGACCCAGCAGUGGACAGCAGAUCACAGGGAGAUGGAAGCAGCAAUGAACACAGCACAGAUGGCAGCACAGACACACAGAGGAAUUCUUCUCAAAGAUGGCAGCCUACACCUGGUUCAAAGGCUGCCAUGUUGGUGAAGGUGAACAGCAUGAGUCGUAGCCAACCCAGCCCAGCCUUGCAGCAGCCGAACCUCCAGCACAGCGUUCAAGGCAAAGCGAACACCUUCAGCAACAAGGCCCAAGGUGGACAAUUAGGCUCCGCCCAGGGAUAUAAAACUGCUCCCUCUGGCAAAAUGACAGCUGACACACGUCAGGCCCAUCAUUUGCGAAAAGUUAGCAAUGGCAGUUUCUGUUUGGUGACAGAAAGCAGCCACCCCAGUCCGCUCCUUCACAGGUCACAGACCAGCACACCACGACCCAUUUCUCCACAGUAUGGUUCCUCUGCUCCAAUCUAUGAUGAGCCAGUCAGAGACUGUCCCAUAUAUGACGAACCUCCAAUAGACAUGGAGGUAGAAGGAGCGCACCUGUACAAUGGAGAACCUCUGUCUCGCAUGACCCCAACCCAUAGCCUCCAGAAGCCCAGACAACUCCAGCACCCUGGUUCCUCCCACUCAGGCUCCAGGCACAGGAGGAAUCCUUCCUCUGACUACAGCCCAGCAGGUCUGGAGUGUAUUAAGCACAUGGUGAAUGUCGACCCCAAACAGGGUCUUGUAUCCAGCUCUCCUUUACCCACACGUAGCCCUUCCCCUACAUCUAGACAGGAUCCCGUUGUAACUCAACCACAUCCUCAGCCUCAGGCCCCAUCUUUGCCCCAGGCUCGAGGUCACUUGAGGGACAGGGAGCCAGGGACCCCAGGCCCAAGUACACUGGACAAAAAACAGAACUGGCGAGUCCUGGAGGCCACAGUGCAGCGAGCCAUGGAGGCACGACACAGUAGGCAGAGCAGCCAGGCCUCGCAGGACUUCCUAUCCUCAACCCCACAGGCCACAGCAAACUAUCAGGAUUCUGGUUACUCCACUGGCCCCUCCCCAAGUUUGAGGAGAAAGAGCAGGAGGAGAGUGGGAGCUGGUGGUGCAGGAGGCAGGCCAGGGUCAGUAGGUAGCAGUGGGGAACUAUGUGCCCUCAACGAAAGACUCAUGGCUGAGAUGAGGGAAGUUGUGAGUCGCUCCAACACCAUGAGGGAGGUCAGGGCAGGGUUGGACCCAGAGAUGGCAGAGAGGGGCAUCAUACCUCGAACACGCUCCCCUGCUGACUCACUCAGGUGGUACGGAGGAGUAGGGUCAGCAGGCAGGUGUGCAUCAAGAGAGGACCUUGCUGUGGGUCCCCAGUCACAGGGCAACCCUGCCCUGACCCUCCUGGAGAUACCAGGGAGGCAAAAAAGAACAUAUGAAAAGGUGGACACCCUGGAGAUGAGUGUGAACAGUCAGGCCAGUCUUUCCUCACCAGACACCCCAGGACCACCCUCCCAGACAGGCACCUUAGAGUUGCAGGCCCAAUUGGAGAACCGAAAGAAAGGCAUGGUGGACGGUCGGACAGCUUCCCUGGGCCCCUACCGUCCUGCCAAUAAUGACAGCAGAGAUGGAGGUGAUGGGGCAGUAGGGAGGGCAGGAGGAUCGUCCUUCCCACUCUCAUACAGCACCCUGCGGCAGCCCCCACCGCCUGACAUGGGCAUGGAGGAUUGGGCCAGCAAGCACCUCAACAUGCAUACGCAAGGUCUGUUCCGCCGCCGCGUCUCCAUCGCCAACAUGCUGUCCUGGAACCGCGGGUCCAUCAAGAAGCCCAUGCUGGUCACCAGUGACCGAGCUGUCAGGAAGGAGGCCUGCGAGAUGUUUAAGCUGGUACAGGCCUACAUGGGAGACAGGCCCUCACGCUUGGACCGCCGCCACUGCGCCCUGCUCAUCGUCACCAAGUGUUGGGACAUGCCCGGGCUGCGGGACGAGCUGUACGUGCAGCUGGUAAGGCAGACCACAGGUAAUGCCAGCCCCAGAAGCCUGGCAGCGGGCUGGGAGCUGAUGGCCGUAAGCUUGGCCUUCUUUGCCCCCUCGCCAAAGUUCCGCUGCUACCUGGACGGCUACAUCCAGAGACACACGGAGCCCACCUGCGACAAGAAAUGUGAGUCUCAGACUGAGCAACAGGUGACUGAGUUCAUACUGGAGCAACAGGAACUAAAGCUAAAGAAAAAUUCAAAGUCACGAAAGAAGCGAAAACAGAACUCAGAUGAGGAAGAGGGCCUGCCUAUCAGCACAUACUCCAAGUUCUGCCAUCGCAAACUGCAGAAGGUGGCUAUCACUGGUGGUAAAAAGGGUCUGCGCAAACCCACGCUGGAGGAGAUCGACCACAGUCGGCGGGCCAUCAUCACCCCCUCCCUGUUCGGCAGUUCUCUGGAGGAGGUGAUGGAGCGGCAGAGCGAGCUUUUCCCGGACAGGAAAUUGCCCUGGGUGCAGGUUCAGCUCUCUCAGUACGUCCUGGCUCUGGGCGGAGCUCAGGCAGAGGGCAUCUUCAGGGUUCCUGGAGACAUUGAUGAAGUGAAUGCACUGAAGCUUCAAGUUGACCAGUGGAGGAUCCCGGAGAAUCUCUCUGACCCCAACGUUCCUGCGUCUCUGAUGAAGCUCUGGUAUCGAGAGCUGGAGGAGCCGCUCAUCCCCAUGAACUUCUACAAGCAGUGCAUCAGUAACUGUGAUGACCCAGCGGCAGCCAUCGCUGUGGUGCAGUCUCUGCCUGAGCUCAGCAGGCUGGUGCUGUGCUACUUCAUCCACUUCCUGCAGGUCUUUGCUCAGCCGUCCAACGUGGCUGUCACCAAAAUGGACGUGAACAACUUGGCCAUGGUCAUGGCGCCCAACUGCCUGCGGUGUCAGUCCGAGGAUCCUCGCGUCAUCUUCGAGAACACGCGCAAGGAGAUGUCCUUCCUGAGGAUGCUCAUCGUCCACCUGGACACCAGCUUCAUUGAAGGCGUGGUGUAGUCACUGUAAAACGAUUUUACCAUCAUGCAUCGACACUGUCUCUGUUCACAUGACACUGGAAACUUUGGACCACUGACCACUCUCAAAACACACCGACUUAUAGACCAUAUUUUUAUCUUCCUGACGGGUAACAUCACGUCUAGAACGCGGGUGUCGCUGUGUGCGGUCCAGGGCUCGAUCUUCCAGCAGCUGGUUUAAGUGAAAGCUUUAAGGGAACAGGAAUGAUUUCAUCAUCAGCUGCAAAUAAGAACGUGGAUGUAAACGUUGAAGAAGCCACUGACGCGUGCGUCUCUGUGGCGGUUCUUUUCAACCGUCCACGCCGAGCAACAGCACAGAAUCAUUACAAAGAAUAUCUUCACACGCUUUGUAUGAGGCGACUUCCUCAUGUUGUCCUCGACUCUGUGGUACAGCACAGAUGUGAACAGACAGGAAAAACCCAAAGAAAUGAUUCUGCCAAUUCUAUACUAUUGUUUUUAUCUAAAUCUAAUGUUGUUAUGGCUGUGACUGUGUGUCCUUACCUCACUAAAGUCAAGUUAUUGCAAUUAUAUAGAUGAAUAUUCAUGCUUCAAAGACUAAACCAAUUAAGAAUAAGAUAAUAUUACACACAGUAGGCUUCUCCGUCUCCAACGCAGCCUGGAUCGUUUCUCUGCGCGCUACUUUAUCCCCACAUCCAUGUAAUGAUCGUUAUGAUGGAGUACAACAUGAAGUGCAGGGGUUUCACUUUUCACUUUUUGCCCAAAGAGACUUUUCACCGGCAUUUAUUAGGUGCUGUUCCACCGUGUGCUCACAUCUUGUUGGAAGCGUUUUAUUGGCGUUCCAAACUGAUCUUGGACCGACUCUAAGCGGGAAUAGACAGGUGCGUGCUGGCCAAGGUAUCUGCAUGCGUCAUCGCAACAUCAUUUUGGUGUUAAAAGUGAGUGUUUGCGUGACAUUCACAAGAAAGCAAACUUGCUCAAAGUUGGACCCUUAGUUACUUCCGCCUUCAAAAAUAAGGUCUACAGGUCUCAGUGUGUUUUCGUUUUUUUAGAACUAUGCAACACAGUGACCGCUUUAAAUGGCUUUCUUUAAAGAGCGCUUUGUCAAAGCUGCAUAUGACAGUGAGAGAGUCUUACAGUACUGACGUCAUCAUUGUGUGUUGGUGUGUGUUUGUGUGAGACUGUCAGGACGUGAACAAAAGACAUGGUUUUGAUUUUAUCAUGUACAGAAAGGAGGAAAUCUGAAAAUGAUGAGAACUCCGUGUAAACAGUGUCUUAUUAUUAAUAAGCUUGCCUGUGCUGUUUUGAGAAGAGUACACAAGAGUCUUCUUUUCAAAGCACAAACUAAGAAUAUGUGUGUGUGUGUGUGUGUGUGUGUGUGUGUGUGUGUGUGAAGCUCUGUGUGAUGGAUGUUGCACAUUUGUCUAAACUAAUCUACUCCGAGUGCUUUGGUGUUAUGAGACCAGAGUGAUGUCACAGUGAUGUGGUCGGCUGGUUGUUUGAAAAUACUCUUUCUCUCGUAUCUGUUUUAAAGGAGUCUGACGUGGAGUUGUGAUCUCAUGUGUUUAUGGUCUGUAUGAACCGUAGUCGCUGGUGUUCACGGCCUCCCUCACACACACAGACCCAGAGUAUUAUUUAAGUGUCAAACACUACGAGUAUUGUCGAUUGUUAAGCUCUUUGUGUCUCCUCUCAGGCUUAGUUCAUGUAAAUAAAUGAAGUGUGUAUAUAGUAUUAACUCUCUGUAGGUGUAUCCUAGUGAUCCAGGUCAAGGGUGAAGAUGAACGUUGCCAUAAAAAAAAGCAAUAAAAAAAGAUUUUUCUAAUUAACUGUUGAUUGAUCUGCUGUAAGCGCCUGCCUUUUCAACACAGGAAUGAUUCAGACGACCUUUCAUGUGUGUACAGUAAAGAUGUGCGUGUGUGUCCGCCUGCGUUCUUGUGAAAAUCUGGAUUGGCAGUCUGUGAAUAAACAUUUGUUCAAUUGUA